AUGCCUGUCACUGGAAACGCAAGACAGCUCACCUUCAGGGCAGACAAUUUGGGCAAGCAAAUUGACUUGAUGCUCGUGUUCACCCCACCAGCAGAAGGAAAGCUGUACUCAGACCUGUACCCCGUUUGCUGGAAGGUUCUGCGAUUUCACUCGUCAGGCCUCAGUGGCGCAACGGUUCACUACAGCGCCAGCACUGCAUUUGUUUCCCCCCAAAAAGAUACCGACAACAUCGUCUCUGCAUAUAAUGUAGAGAGCUGCGAGACUGGGCAACUAUGUGCAUUAAUGACCAACGAAAAAGGGAAUAACUACCUUACAAAGGCUGCUGUCGGAUCCAAGGGAGUUGUUCAAUGCAAAAUUCAAACAUCUACACCAGCGGAAAUUGCAUUUGGUUUAUUUAACCAAGACAAGACCACUGUUAGCCCUGUAUUCAAGUGGACUGGAUUGGGUAUCGGAAGCACUUUGGCGGUCAGGCUUACCCCCAUCCUAAGAAUAUAUGCUGUUAGUGAUUACCAAGCGAGUGAAAUUAUCAAAGGAGAUUUACACUCUGAGGUCAAGUUCGAGAAGGAUCUCAUGACGCUUUCUCAUGAAACUACCUGGAAUAUCAUACGUGACCCAGUCAGCAAAGAGAUUAAGAUUGUCCCUGCUUAG